AUGAGCAAUCAAGAAAAAGAACCAUCUGAGGCAACCGCUAUUCCUGACAUUCAAACUACGGAUGAAAACCAAACAUUAACUACAAAGGAAAAUGUUGAAACAUCAACUGCAAACGAAAAGCUUUCUGUAUCAGAUAAUAGCAGUGCGAAUGAUUUAAAUGUUUCGAUUGAACCAGUAAUAAAACCUCGUCUAUCAAUGCCUCAAGAUAUUCGCUAUUCAACUGAACAAAGUGUUCGAGAAAAACUUAUAGAAAAGUAUAAUAACUAUCAAGUUUCUGAUAAAAAUUCUUGCAACAUUCGCUUUACAAUGGACCAUCGACAAAAGAACAAUCUUUUGGGUCGAAAUGAAGAGGAAAAUUUAACUUUAAAUUCUAUUUCGAAAACAUUUAAUGUGAAUGUACUUUCGGGUUAUCAAAAUCCUACGAAACAUUCAUUGAAAAUUUUUGGUACAGAAGUCAAUGUACGCAAGUGUUCUAUUGAUAUAAUGAAUCGUAUGUUUAAACAAGUAAAUCGAUCGACAAUUCAAAGUGAGAGUGAAAACAAUGAACAACAAACGACUGCAACUUCUAAUGUGAAAUCUAAUGAAACAGAAGUUUCAGAAGAUCAUGAAAAACUAGGUGAGAAAUCUGCUGAAAAUUCACCAUCAGCAUUGGUGUCAACAAUUAAUCCAGAAUCAUCUAUUACCGAAGAAACAAAGUCUCUAACAGCACCGAACCCAAAUAAGGAAAAACUGGAUGCUAAAGAUGAAAGUAGCGAACCAGAAAAAUGCAAAUUUGUACCACUAGAACGAAAACCUGAAUAUACAUUCAUUCUUCUUAUAACGGGGCAAGGACAAGAAGUAUUGAAAAAAAAUUGGACUUUCUUUGCUGGAUCCUUACAGCAACGUUUGAAUGUUACUGUGACAAAUCCUUUUAAAUUACCUAAAUUUGGUGAUAAACAAUGGCAAAAUGAACUUUCUAUUACUGGUGAACUAUAUGAAAAUAUAGUCGACGCUGCUCUACAAAUCACUGCGUUCAUUAAUGAUGUUCUUGGCAUACCCAUUCAACCAUACAAAGAUGAAGAACAAAUGAUGAGUAAUAAUAAUAAUUAUUAUCAACAACGUACAAAAACUAAUAACAGUAACAAUGACUAUCAGCAACAACAACGUCGACAGGAACAUAAUAAUGGUUAUCGUCAAUCACCACCUCAAUAUCAAGGUCAACCAUCACCAUAUAAUAAUCAGCAUGAACGAACUAUUUUCAAUCGUGGCCGUAACGGUACAUUUGAACAAAUUAUUCUGAUACGAAGUAAUUGUGCUGCACGUAUUGUCGGUACACGAGGCUCUAAUUUAAGACGUAUUCAAACAAAAUGUCAUUUACGUGAUAUUGUUGUUGCACGUCAUCCAAGCGAAAAUGGUUAUGUUGAAUGUACAUUAUCUGCCUAUCAAACACGUAAUCUUAAUUUUGCUAUUGAUACAAUACGUAGCUACUUAAGAAAUGAAGAUGAUCAAGCUGUACAAGUACUUGAUUCUCAUUUUGUUGAUACUGCAUUACAAUCAUCACCAUAUCAAAAUUCACCAUAUAAUGAUCAAACACAACAAAAUCUCGAACAUGGUAAUCAACAUGUUUUUUCAAAUAGUCGUUAUCAACAACAGCAACAAUCGUCAUCAUUUACGGCAACAUCUGAUUUAUCUCAGAAAAAUAAAGAAUUAGGUUUCAUGACACGACCUUUACAUCUUGAUAAUGGUGCAAAAUUACCUCAGCCAUCAUAUAAUUUUCAAAAUACUCCAUCGUUCGAUUUCACUCAUCGGCCAACAUCAGCUUCACGUAAAACAGAUAAACGUCCAGGCGAAGUUAAUGAUUUUAACAAUACAAAUACUGUUCAAACUCGUUCAUCGACUGCUUCUCAAUGUCAACAACAUGGUGGUUCAUCGUCAUCAAAUUCUUCAUCAUCAUCGCCACGACAUAAAUCGAAACGAACAUGUCCAGAAACAAAAGAAAUCGAUUGUACAACAGAUGAUGGUUUUUGGGUACAAAAACAAUAUUAUCAUGCAUUAGACGAUGCAUCCAAAGAGCUAUUUGAUUCAUUACUUGAUAAAUUAGAAAAAAUUCGUAUAUCUUCUGAAGAAAAUGCAGUUAGAAAACAGCAACGCCUUGUUGGACGAAAUAGAUCAAAUAAAUCACGAGUUUUUACAACAUCAAUUUCAUCAAUAACACAAUCAAAUGAUGAUAUAGAUACAAAUAUUAAGUCAACACAAGAUGAUAAGACUGAAGAAUCAACGAAUGUCGAUGAACAACAAGAGACCAAAGAUUCAACCUCUAACGAACUUGAAACAACUGCAGUUUCUGUUGCUGUUGAUCAAAAAUAA